AACUGAUAAAGAAAAAAAACCCGAACAAUAAAUAUUUACUCCUAGCACAACGGAAAUAAACCUCUUUACCUUUAAAUCCUAUAUAUUACGUAAUAGGCAAUGGAUGGAUAUCAACGUGAUAUUGAUAACAAACACAUACGCAUAUCGAUGUUUGUUUGUUUAUACUUCGACACUUAACUGAUUAUUUAUGUAGAGCACAAUCGUGUAAUAUUGGAGGAUGAGCCCGAGCGAAUGUAGGUCACCUAUUUUCUUUUUCAUUUUGUCGAUAGCUGUUGGAUCCUAUGGACUGUAAUGUCUAGGGGAUCGAUAGUGCAAGGAGAAGCUAUUUAUAAAUCAAGGUGAUUCUGUAUGAGGGGCAGACAGUUCUAUAUUGAACAGCCACAGGAUGGAGUACAUCAAAUUCCUCCCCAUUCUGGAAAUGUGUAUGGAAGAAACCAUUUCUCAGAAAUCAAAGUUAUGUGAAGCAGCCAGGAUCACCUCAUCGGACAUAAUUAACAGAGCAGAAAUAUUGCAUGCCGUUAUUAAUAGGGUCAAAGAAAAUCUCCUAGCGAAAACAGAAAACGUGUUGGAAAUUGAAAUUAAAAAAAUGGAAAAUCGUGAGAAAGAACUGAGAACCUGGAUAUCUUGGUUAUCUGCUCAAACCGACAUCUCUCAGCAGAACUUGCCAUGCUUUAAAAGAGGAAAUAAUAAAGAACAUAACAUGCAUAAUGGAAAGAAAGAAUUGCUUGCAAGCUUACAGCGGCUUUGUGAAAUUCAGCAUACAAGUUUGUACUUUAAAAGUGGAGAAAGUAUUACCGACACUAACAUUGGAUCAUUGUUCGGGACUGUGCAGAAUUUCAGCAUUACGCCCCCCUCUCCGAUACGGAAAGUCAGACGUGACACUUUUCCUACGAUUAAAGUGCACUGUUCAUCUCGGUUCAAAUGUAAAGGAUCCUCCGGGAACAUUCAUGCUAUUGCCCCAAUAUCAGUAAACGAGGCGUGGAUUUGUUGCGGAUGGGGCAGCAAAGAGAUACAACUGUAUCAUACAAAUGGAGAACUGUUGGUGUCAGUAACUUUAGACAUACCCGUUGACCACAUAGUGUCAACAAAAAAUGGUAAUGUUUUGAUAUCUAGUUAUAAUGGCAAUUCAAUAUGGCGUCUUGAUGAGCAGCUAAAUGUCACUCUAUUCGCCAAUUUAUCUUUUAUUCCGCGCGGGAUGGCCGUGCACCCGAGGACAAACGAAUUAUACGUCUGCGGGGUAGAAAGAGAUGGAAGUCGAGAUGACCUCUUGUCUCUAAAUAGAAGACAUCUCAUUGCUAGAUUUUCCGCAGACGGUACUUUCAUCUCGGACAUAACGAUUUCCCCCCAUGAUCCACAUCGACUUGGAUUAAUGAAUGAAGACAAGGUGUGUUUCUCUGACUAUGGGAAGAACAAUAAACGCCAGCUUGUAGUGAUGGACAAAAUGGGCACCGUUCUGUGCGUGUACGAAGGUAGACACGAACUGGAGAAUCCUUUCUAUCCUCUCGGAACACAAGUAGAUCAGUACGAAAACAUCAUUGUAGCAGAUUGGAACAACGACUGUGUUCACUUACUGGACAAAAACGGAGAGUUUUCGCAGUUUUUAGUUGACCAAGAAAGUGACAUAGAGCGUCCUUGCUCUCUAGGGUUGGACACUGAUGGUCAUCUUUGGGUAGGAAACGCGACAGGCCACGUGCAUGUGUUCAGUUAUUGCACUUGGUUGUAGACCAUAUUACUUUAUACAUUAUUUAUUUAUUUAUUAAAUCGUUAAUAAAGAACUUUAUUAUGAAGCAGUU